AUGACCGCCCGCUUGGUCUUGGUCAUCGGUGACCUGUUCAUCCCUGACCGAGCUCCUGACCUUCCGGCCAAGUUCCGGAAACUCCUCACCCCCGGAAAGAUCGGUCAGAUCCUCUGUCUGGGUAACCUGACCGACCGCGAGACCUAUGACUUCCUUCGCCAGGUAGCCCCCGACCUGCAGAUGGUCAAGGGCGAUUUCGACGUCGACUCACCGAAUCUCCCGCUCUCGAAGAUUGUCAAUCAUGGUAGCCUGCGCAUUGGUUUCACCCAUGGCCACACCAUCAUCCCCCCGGCGACGCCGAUGCGCUGCUGA